UCACAAACCCCGUCCCUCCCCCAAAAACCCGUCGCAAGUGCAUACGGCCCCUCCAAAGCUUGCGAUUGAGUCACCUACCCAACCAAGUUUACCCGGCGCCGCUUUUUUUGUCCCUUUUGAAGUCGGUACCCCCUUCUGCGCAACAAGCGCCCGAGAUCUCGGAAGCCAGGUGAAUGCAGAUCCAGCCCAAUUACAUCCCCUCUUUUGCCUAGAACUAGCAUCAGGCCCAGCAGUAGCAGCCGCGUGCUCCAUACCACGUCGAAGUCGUCGUCUCGUAACCAAAGCGAUAGCCCAGAUCAACAACUGCCCAACAUGGCGCCGAAAUCAAAGUUUGAGCUCAAGACCCCAAAGGGCACCAAGGAUUGGUUCGGCAAGGACAUGCUCAUCCGUGAGAAGAUUUUCUCGCAGCUGAAGGGCGUCUUCCAGAAGCACGGCGGAAUGGAGCUUGAUACCCCCGUUUUCGAGUUGAAGGAGAUUCUGUCAGGCAAAUACGGCGAAGACUCGAAGCUCAUAUACGACCUGGCUGAUCAGGGUGGUGAGAUUACCUCCCUGCGAUACGAUUUGACCGUCCCCUUUGCGAGAUGGCUUGCCAUGAACAAGGAUAUCCAGAGCGUCAAGCGCUACCACAUCUCAAAGGUCUACCGCCGUGACCAGCCUGCCAUGAACAAGGGCCGCAUGCGCGAGUUCUACCAGUGCGAUUUCGACAUCGCCGGUACCUACGACUCCAUGAUCCCCGACGCCGAGAUCAUCAAAAUCGUCGUCGAAGUCUUUGAGGGCCUGGGCUGGAACGGAAACUACACCAUCAAGCUCAACCACCGUAAGAUCCUCGACGGCAUCUUUGAGGUCUGCGGCGUCCCCGAGGACAAGAUCCGGACGAUAUCCUCGGCCGUCGACAAGCUCGAUAAGCUCCCCUGGGCCGACGUGCGCAAGGAGAUGACAGAGGAGAAGGGCCUGGACGGCGAGGUGGCCGACAGGAUCGGCGAGUGGGUUGUCCAGAAGGGCAAGCAGGACCUGCUCCGGAAACUGCAGCGCGACGACAAGCUCGCCGCCAACGCCUCGAUGAAGGCCGGCAUGGCCGACCUCGAGCUCCUCUUCAACUACCUGGAAGCCUUUGGCGCCCUCGACAGAGUAUCGUUCGACCUCUCCCUCGCCCGUGGCCUGGAUUACUACACCGGUCUCAUCUACGAGGUCGUGACAGAAGGUUCCGCACCGGCCGCUACGCCUGACACGGACGGCAAGACGGCGAAACCCAAGAAGAAGAGCAAGAGCAAGGACGACGAUGACCGUUCCGACGACCCCAGCGUCGGUGUCGGCAGUGUCGCAGCCGGAGGACGCUAUGACAACCUCGUGGGUAUGUUCUCUGGCAAGACGCAAAUUCCGUGCGUUGGUGUCUCCUUUGGCAUCGAGAGAAUCUUUAGCAUUACCAAGGCUCGGAUGCAGGCCGAGAGCGAGGCACCGCAAAGUACGGUUGACGUCUUUGUCAUGUCCCUGGGCUCCAAGGCCGGUCUGGUCAAGGAGAGAAUGGAAGUCUGCUCGAAGCUGUGGGACGCCGGCAUCAAGGCCGAGUUCCUCUACAAGGUCAAGCCCAAACUGCCCCCGCAGUUCAAGGCAGCCGAGUCCAACGCGACCCCCUUCGCCAUCAUCCUCGGCGACGACGAGGUCCAAAAGGGUGUCGUCCGCAUCAAGGAGCUGGGCCUGCCCGAGGGCCACCCCCAAAAGGACGGCGAGCUCGUCGACAUGGCCUCGCUGGUGCCCGAGGUGCAGAAGCGCCUGUCGCGGAAGCGCGAGCUCGAUAACCUCGCCACGCGGGCCGAGGGCCUGCGCGUCGUGGGCGGCAUGAAGGGCGAGGACAUCAAGUCCACCACGUCGGCAACGGAAAAGGAGAAGAAGGAGGAAACUGUCGUCGAGACGCCUGCUGCUGGUGCUGCUGCCGAGGCGCCUGUCGCUGCUGUCUCGGAAGGAGAGAAGCCCGCGGAGGCGGCGACGACGGAGGCUACGGACGAGAGCAAGCCUGCAGCACCGAGCGCAUAGAGUGCGGUGGUGAUGAAGAUUUUUAGAAGCAGAAGCACAAAAAAGCAAUUGAAAAUAGAA